AUGCAGCCAGCAGAAAUCAGAUUCUCUCUACAGAGACCUCUACAGCACAGAGAUCCAGCUAUGGCACCUACAGUCACUGCAGCAAUGACCAACUCUCAGGAGCAUCUGACUCUGACCCACAAGCUAAGAAAGCCUCAGGUGGAGAAGUUACGCAGAGAUCGAAUCAACAGCAGCAUUGAGCAGCUCAAGUCUCUCCUGGGUCCAAAGUUCCUCAAACAACAGCCAGACUCCAAGAUGGAGAAAGGAGACAUCCUGGAGAUGACAGUUUGCCUCCUGACACAACUGCAGCAGCAGAAUCAACAGCAAGGAAGACUGCUGAACCACUUCAACAAGCUGCAGUCUUCCUCUGACAAGAACCUGAGAGAUGCUGACUUCUCUCCUCUGAGCUCCACAGUCCAGACCAGCAUCACUAAAGUGAAGAGUCCAGUCAACAGCGCCCUCUGGAGGCCGUGGUAG